AUGGGGAAGACUUUCCUGCUGUCCAUGCUCUUGACUUGGGGGGUCCUGGGCCACCUAAUUCCAGCCCAAGGAGACAAAGCUGAUGACCCCAUCAGGAGCACUGAAUAUGGAGAGAUCCGUGGGACUCACAUCAACGUCAAGAAUUUGGACAAAGGAGUCAAUGUUUUCCUGGGAAUCCCCUUUGCCAGACCUCCUAUUGGGGCCUUGAGGUUUUCUCCUCCACAGCCACCAGAAUCAUGGAGUGAAGUGAAAAAUGCUACUUCUUACCCACCUAUGUGUUUGCAGGAUAUUACUAUCCUAGAAGGACUGAGGAAGUCCUUGACCAUAAACUUCUCUAUUCCUGCUACUUCUGAAGACUGUUUGUACCUCAAUAUCUAUGUUCCUGACCAUGCAAAAGAGGGGGCCAGAUUGCCAGUAAUGGUGUGGAUCCAUGGUGGCCGUUUCCGUUUUGGCUCUGCUUCCAUGUAUGAUGGUUCGAUAUUGUCGGCCUUCCAGAACAUUGUAGUGGUCACUAUCCAGUUCAGGCUGGGCAUCCUUGGGUUCUUCAGCACUGGGGAUAAGCACACAUCUGGCAACUGGGGUUACCUAGAUCAGAUGGCUGCCCAGAGGUGGAUCCAGGAGAACAUUGCCCAUUUUGGAGGAGAUCCUGGCCUUGUGACCAUUUUUGACGAGUCCAUUGGGGGAAUAAAUGCUUCCUUACAUAUUCUGUCCCCCAUGUCCAAAGGCUUGUUGUACAGGACAAUCAAGGAGAGGGAUGGGACCAUCCAACCUGGCUUGAUUUCAUCUCGCUCAGAGUCCAUUACAAGAGUCAUUGCCCACCUGUCUGCUUGUGAGAAAUACAGUUCAGCCUCCUUAGUUGAGUGCUUAAGAAACAAAACAGAAAGGGAGAUCAUGGCCAUUAGCAAGUAUUUCAAGAUAAUACCUGGGGUGAUUAAUGGGCAAUUCUUCCCCAAACAUCCUGAAGAUCUCUUGGCUUCUAUAAAGUUCCACAAGGUGGUCUCCAUCAUCAAUGUCAACAGCAAUGAAUAUGGAUCGAUAAUUCCUCUUAGUUUAGGGAUCACUAAGUUCAAAGAGUUAAGUAGAGAAAACAUCCUACAAAUACUGCUAAAUCCAUUCAUGGUCCUAGCUCUCCAGUCUACUUUUAUGCAUUCCAGCACGGACCAACCACAUUUGUCAGCAUCAAGCCAGAUUAUGUGGAAGUGGACUAUAGUGAUGAGCUGUUUUCUGUAUUUGGAGCUUUUUUACAUGGACCAAUAGCACAAGAGGACAAGCUGUUCAGCGUGAAUAGAAUGAUCUUCUGGGCAAAUUUUGUUAGAAAUGGACCUGCUCUACUGGCUGAUCUACAACCAAAUGAAGACCAUCUGCAGCUGUCUGUGGGACAGGGCAUGAUGGCAGAGAAGAUGAAGUUCUGGAUGAAGAAUUUGCUUCAGAAGAAGGAAGCAAAGGAUAUCCUGGGGAAAUGAGUCCUAAUCUGAACCAUUUCUGCUGCUGCUCUUGUCUAGUAACUUCCAAUCAUUUCCUUUGAAUAAUUCCUUCAUUUCUACUAAAUAUAUGGCACCUUG